CGGAGGUGCAGGCGGAGGGUGGCCCACGACGCCCCGCGGGUCCGGUGCUGGGGCCGCCCUCGCCCCCCGGCCCGUGCCAGCCCUCGCCCGUGAGUCCUGCAGUUGGGAUCCCGCCGCGUCCAUCAGCACAGGUCCCAUGGCGCCGGGCUGGGCCGUGCUGGUGCUGCUGGUGCUGAGCCCCCUGUGGGCGUGUGGGGCUGAGCUGCUGGAGCCAGGGCUGCCCUGGGGCGGGCAGUGGGUCUGGGGGGAGGCCAAGCCCCUGUCCCUCUCCCGUGGGAAGAGGGAUGACAGUGGGCAGGAGCCCGGUGCCACCACGAUGAUCAGCAGUGACAAGAGCCAUGGUGGCUCCGUGCCACUGCCAGCAGCUGGCACCAAGGCCAGCCUGCUCCGAGUGCCAACCACAGCUGAUCCCAUGGAUGAUUCCCCUGAGCCUGAGCUGCUCCUGAGCUCUGCAGCAGCAGUGCCCAGCACCAACACUAGCCUGCUCCAGGUGCUCACAGUGCCCACCACAGCCGAGCCUAUGGAUGAGGCAGAUUCCCCUAAACCUGAGUUACUGGAGGACUCUGUGGCACCAGCAGUGCCCAGCGUCAGCACCAGCCUGCUCCGGGUGCCUGUAGUGCCCACCACAGCUGAUCCCAUGGAUGAGACAGAUCCCCCUGAUCCCGACCUGCUGCCAGGCUCAGAGCCUGCCACAGCGACAGCAGCCCAAAAGGGCAUCGCCACCACCACCCCCGGCUGGCUCAUCGAGGAGGACACAGUGACUGAUGGCCUGGACAGCAGCUCCUCCACGGGGCCGCGCUCUACAGCCCCCCCAGCCUUUGUCCUCACCAGCACCGGCUACAGGAAACCCAAGAAAUCCGGAUCUCCGCCUGCAUCCACCCUCCCGGCCACUUGGGACACGACGCCGGUGGCCACCGCGGUGCCCUGGGAGCCCAGCGGGGUGAUGAGCAAGUGCCUGCUGGCCAUCCUGCUGCUCGGGCUGGUGGCCGCCACCUUCCUGGUGUGCACGGGCGUGCUGGGGACGCUGCUGUGGCGGCGGGCGCGGUCGGGCGAGCGCCGCUUCAGCCGCACCGAGAUGGUUUGUAUCUCCUCGCUGCUGCCCGACGCCGAGGCGGCCGCCGGUCCCCGGCCGGUCCCCGCUCGGAGGCACAAGCUGCUGCUGCCCGACGGCAGCGCCGAGCCCGACGGAGACAACCUGACUCUCAGCAGCUUCCUGCCGGAGCACUCCUGAGCCGCAGGGAUGGCUCCUGCAUCCCGCAGGU